ACAUGGUGAACCAUAACACUAAGUAUUGCACAGUAAGUUCUUUUUUUCAUUGAUCCUUAAAGCGCACAAUCCCUCACAUGAGAGCCUCAUGACCCCCGAUUGCAAGGGCAUCAGCUCAGCGCUCGAUGCCGGCAUCUCAUGACAACCCCACUGGGAUCGAAGUUACCAAAGGGACCCACGAAGGUUUGCUGAGCAUGUAUCAAACCAAAAUUUCCACCCUAUCAUGGAGUUCCGUGCAAGUCGCCGUUCACGUGUCCAGGAAACCUGCAAAAUAGGCACUUCGGUAGCUCUUCUCCUGCUUUUCUUUUUUUGGCACUGAUGCAAAUAGUUCCUUUGAAAUCAUAUAUUUAUGCUCAUGCAUUACCCUGACGGUUCCCGAGUAGCCCUCACUUUUCCGUUGACUUUAUUUUACCUUGGUUGGCUCUAAAUGUAUGACAAGGCAAAGCUUUCCAUAAAGUUUCUUGUUGUUGGUGGAGGAAUUGCAGGACUUGCAUGUGCAAUAGCACUGAGACGAGUCGGCCAUCAUGUGGUUGUGCUCGAACGAUACUCCGAUGCAGACAUUUCAACAAUGUCGCAUGGAGGCAUUGGGUUGCCUCCAAACGUCUCGAAAAUUCUCUUUCAUUGGGGACUCGAGCGCGCUCUUCGACGAGUAUCCAUAACAUCAGCAGUUGUAGAGGUUGAUAUUUACGAAACCGGCGAGUUUAUUGGCACCCACAGGUGGGAAGAAGAGGUUCUGCGAGAAACUAGAGGAGAAUACCUCUUCCUGCAUCACGACGGUCUCCGGCGAGUUUUGUACGAGGCCGCUAUCACAGCGGGCGCUGAAGUGAGGGCAGGUGUUACGGUCGCCUCCGUAAGUAGUGAUGGCCCCCACGUGACAUUGACCACUGGGGAAAAACUACUGGCCGACGUGAUUGUUGGCGCCGAUGGUCGUUCGAGUUUAGUGCAACAAGCAAUUGUCGGUGAGGAUAUUCAUGGCGGAGCACCAUAUCACUGUCUAUUCUACAAUACCACGAUCCCCGGAGCGCUUAUGAGAGCCGAUCCUGACUUGGCACCCUUCUUCACGCAAUCCAUUGAGAGUAUGUUUGUUUGGCUGGGCAAUAAUCGCUCGGCUUUGGGAUUCCGUGUGGGAGGUAAAGACGAGUUCGCACUACAGUUAUGGGUGCCUCCCAGGCAAAAGGGGAUAUCCGAUGGUGAUUGUUGGGGGGGAGGCAUUGAUUUAAACGAGAUGCAGCGGCAACUCGGACCGUGCGAACCCAGACUCCUAAAGAUGACCAAAUUAGUCGCCACACCCACACGCGUACAGGUCAAGAUGGUUUCACCAAUAGAGGACUGGGUUGAUGAACACGGUCGUCUGGUAAUCAUAGGGGAAGCUGCGCAUCCACUUCCAGCAGGAUCGUUGCAGGGUGGUGCAAUGGCUGUAGAAGAUGCCGCAGUGCUCGCAAAGCUUUUCUCCCAUCUCCGAGACAAGGACCAAAUACCGACGCUUUUACAUGCUUUCCAAGAUCUUCGGGAAGAUCGCUGCGCCAGUGUCGUGCAUUCCGAGCAAUCUAAUCUGUACUUCCAAAUGAUGCCGGCAGGUCCUAAGCAGGAGCAACGCGAUCAAGACAUGCGUGCCAAGGCUGCUCAAGGGGAAAGCGUUUUUGGUGGCGGAGAAGCUGCUGAGCAGUGGGAACAGCUCAAAGAACUUUUUGGAUAUGAUGCUGAAGACGAGGCCGAUGACUGGUGGGUUAAAUGGGGCCUUCUCCGCGAGAGAGCCAAGCAGCGUUCAUUAGACAUGGAAGCAGAAAUGAACACUCCACGGCCGAGUAAUUUCCGUUUGCGAGCAUAACAAGUGCUCCCUCCCCACCGUAGUGUAUCCACGUAUAUUGCUCAUUCCUUUCUUUUAAUUUUCGUCACUCUUUACUAAGUCGCUCAUUUCGGUUGUCGUGUCUUUCUGUAUCUCAUUGCAUUGCUAUUUUAUUGACAACUUGGCAUCACCACGUUUGACAUUCUCACUAUCGUUAACAGUCGUCGAUGUGCUUUCAUGCUAGUUGCAAGCCUAUUAAAUAUUAAAAUUACCACAUCUCCAGGUUCGAGCUGCCUGAUUGUGCUUGACUAAGUGUCAGCGAUUUCCGCAUGCCAGCGCAGGCCUGCACGGGCCGGCGCACUCCGCUCAG